AUAGCAGCUUUAUAUUGGACCAUCCCCAAAACUUUCCUCUUGUGUGGUUUUAGAAACUUCUAAAUAUUAAAAAGCAAAAAUGAAUGUAGAGAAAAAAAUUCUUGUCUACAGUAAAGCCAGAGUGUGUGUUCUGUCCUCAGUUUUAUGAUUCACUCCGUGCAUGAAAUAGUUAAUGCCACAGUAAACAGACAGAGAAGUGAAACCGGAGUCUGCUUUUAUCGCAUUUCCUCGUUUCUGCGCGACACCUCCCCAAACACGCCGGUUUAGAUUCUCGUUUUCUUUCUAAAUGUGUCGUAAUGGAGUAAGGAAGGACAAUUCAAACUUUCUGCACUUUCUAAAGCAGGGUUUGAAACCAUGACUGCCCCUAUUUCAUGUCUCCUAACAUGUGGCCUUUUCAUCUGCAACUUCAUUGGCGGGCCGUAUCCGUGCAUGGCCUCUGCCAAAAAAUCCACCUGCCGCAUCCAAGGGGAGAGGGCCGACUGUAGUCAUCUCAGUCUGAGCGUGAUCCCGGCAGAUCUGCCCGAAAACAUCUCCAGCCUGGAUGUGUCCCACAACAAACUGGGGAAGAUGUUCCCUGAAUCUCUGGGCCGAUACAGAGGUCUCGUCCACCUUAACGCGAGCUACAACAGCAUCGUCAGGGUGGAUGAACGCUUAUGCCAGAGUCUGCCUCUGCUGCUAACGCUCAACCUGGAGCACAAUCAAGUGCAUUUGUUGAAAAAAGAGGAUCUGGGCCAAUGCAGCACCCUGACUUGGUUAAAUAUAGCUAAUAACAGGCUAAAGCUGCAGGAAGAACCCUUCUCUGGUCUGCAGAACCUAGAACACCUGGAUGUGUCAAAGAACAAGCUGCAGUCUGCGAAGCUGGGCUCGCGGCCUCAGCUGCCCAGCUUGAGGAGUCUCUGCCUGGGACAAAAUGCUUUCACCACUUUAAAGACUGAGGACUUUUCUUACCUCAGGUCAUCCCCGUCUCUGCAAGCCCUCAACUUGUCCUACACGUCUAUAAAAACAGUAGAAAGUGGAAGUUUUCAGCCAAUUUCAGGUCUGCGUACUUUAAUUUUGGAUGGGAGCGAUAUGAGCUCUGAGGCAAUGUCCAAACUGCUGUCAGAGCUGUCAGUGACCGCCAUAAACAGCCUGUCUCUGCAGAGAAUGAAGCUGGUUGCACUCAGAAAUCUGACAUUUGCCAGUCUGCAGAAAACAAAUCUAACCUACUUGGAUCUCUCUGAAAAUGGAAUGACCACUAUUGAAGAUGGCUCAUUUCAGUGGCUACCUAAACUUCAAUCCCUAAUUUUGACAGAUAACAGCUUAAAGCGCUUGACCAGAGGAACAUUUCAGGGACUCAAAAUGUUGAGGAAACUGCAGCUGACGAAAGCAUUGGUGAAAAAGCACAUAUCUCUUCCCGUCAUUGAAGAUUACGCUUUCCAACCCCUAAACAACCUGAAAAGCUUGAUUUUGAAUCGAACUGCCUUUUUAAAAAUCACUGAGCAAACAUUUACUGGCCUGACAAGUCUAAUGGAGCUUGAUUUGAGUUGGAGCAGCUACGUGCAGACCCCACAGAGAGGAAUCACCAACAAGACCUUCGUCUCGCUUAAAGAUUCCCCUCUCAGGAGGCUGAAUUUGGAAGGAAAUGCUCUGACUGAACUCCAACCGGGGAGCUUCUCUGCCUUAAGCAAUCUUACCGUUCUCAUUCUCAAUUACAAUUUUAUUAAGCAAACGCUGACAGGCAGAGAGUUUGAAGGCCUUUCUCAGAUACGGGAGAUUUACCUGAGCAACAACGUCCAAUCCAUUAACCUGACCUCCUCGUCAUUUGUGAAUGUGUCUAGUCUUAGAGUUCUGACUUUGGGUAAGAGUCUUAAAGCAGAAGCCUUAAAUCAGGAUCCCUCUCCAUUGAGGCCCCUGUCUAACCUCACUGUCCUGGACCUCAGCAACAACAACAUUGCAAACAUCAGGAAGAAUGUACUGGAAGGGCUGACGGACCUGAGAGAGCUGAAACUCCAACACAACAACCUAGCCCGGUUGUGGAAGAUGGCUAACCUCGGCGGGCCUGUGCUGUUUCUGAAGGACACGCAGAAGUUGGAAACCUUGCUGUUGGAUUACAAUGGAUUUGAUGAGAUUCCAGUGAAGGCUCUUCAAGGUUUGACUUCGCUCAGUCUGCUGACCCUCAGUAACAACCUCCUAAACAAUCUCAAGGAUGCAGUUUUUGACGAUCUGAAGUCUCUUCGUUUUUUGAGUUUAGCGAAGAACCUGAUCACAACUGUGAGGCCGGAAGUAUUCCAGACUCCCAUGAGUAACCUCAGUGUGCUUUUGAUGGACAAAAACCCCUUUGACUGCACCUGUGAGUCUAUCCUUUGGUUUGUGACCAAGUUGAACAACACCAAUGGGACCAGUGUGCCCGGACUGAAGGAGAACUACAAGUGCAACACUCCAUUAGUGUAUUUCAACCGCUCCAUCAUGGAUUUUGACCCCCUCUCCUGCAAAGAUACAACUCCAUUUCAGGCUCUAUACAUGCUGAGCAGCACGGUGGUUUUAAUCAUGAUGGUCAGUGCAUUCCUGAUUCGCUUUCAAGGCUGGAGGAUUCAGUUUUACUGGAACGUUUUGAUCAACCGUACAUUAGGAUUUAGCGAUGCCACAGGGGAAGAGGCCAAUGGCUUUGAGUAUGAUGCCUACGUCAUACACGCUGAGGAAGAUGCCAGCUGGGUUACGAAACAAAUGAUCCCUUUGGAGACUGCAAAGUGCAAGUUUUGUUUGGAGGAGCGAGACUCAAUCUUGGGAAUGACCUAUCUGGCAUCUAUUAUGGAAAAUAUGAGAAAGUCCAGAAAAAUUCUGUUUGUGGUGACAGAAAGUCUUCUCAAAGAUCCUUGGUGUAGAAGGUUCAAGGUCCAUCAUGCCCUUCACCAGGUCAUUGAAGCAAGUAGAGACUCAGUAGUUUUGGUUUUCUUGCAAGAUGUCAACGACUACAAGCUCUCCCGCUCACUGUUCCUGCGCAGGGGCAUGUUGCGUCCUUGUUGCAUACUUGAGUGGCCUGUUCAGAGGGAGCGAGUUCCAGCAUUCCACCAGAAGCUGCUCAUUGCACUUGGCAUGACAAAUCGACUGCAGGACUGAGGGUUUCAUUUCAUUUUGUAUCAUUGUUUCUGUUCAUGGAAUUAACAAGGGGGCUGUUUUUGGUCUGGAUGAGUUAUCUGCAACAAAUGUGCUGCUUAUUUAAAUGUUUUUGUUAUAUUUACAUGUUUGUUAUAGAAAGAGUUGAAAAAAGCAUAAAAUGUUUCAACAAAAUCAUCAUUGUGUUUGAGAAAAACAAGCUUACACAAUCCUCAGAUCAUCUACCCAUUGUGUGUCUGUCAUGGUUCCAUUUGCAAAAAACAGAUUGAAUUAUUUUGUAUUUUUACACAUUUAAAUAAAUAAAUGUUUAUUUUUUUUGUUGA